AUGGCCAAAACGUGUUUCAAGUGUCGGAAGCCGAACCAUUUAGCUCGUGAUUGCCCUAUGAAGAAAUCUGGGGAAUCAGGAAAGAGUGGAGGACAAAAGAUGAUAGCUACAACACGUGUAUAUUCCCUCACCACUGAUGACGCUACUGCGUCAAAUGAUGUAGUCACAGGUACAUUGAUGUUGUUUUCUCGUUAUGCAUCAGUUCUAUUUGAUUCCGGUGCCACACACUCAUUUAUUUCGAAUCAUUAUGCAUCAUUGUCUGAAAGGUUGCCUGAACCAUUAGAGACUAGUAUGUUUGUUAUUAUGCCUUUGGGAGAACAUAUCAAUUGCAGUUCUGUUCUAGUGGGUUGUCCGGUGGGGAUUCAAGGGAGCAUUCUUCCUACCGACUUAGUUAUAUUUAACAUGUUUGGAUUUGAUGUAAUUCUGGGAAUGGACUGGUUAUCCCAGAAUCAUGCGUGUGUAGAUUGCUUCAAUAUGAGGGUGGCUUUUAAAUCCAAAAAUGGGGAAGAGUUCAGUUUCCAAGAACCACAAGAAAGUUCUUCAUCAUGUGUUAUCUCAACAAUGCAGGUUGUGCAAUUAUUGAGACAAGGUUGCACAGGAUUUUUGGCGAGUCUGGUGUCACCACCAGCGGAUGGACUUAGAUUGGAAGAUAUAUAG